UGUUGGUUCCGGUAGGUCUGUAAAGGUCCAGAAAUUAUUCUGCUUCCAAGUGCUCCUUGGAAGAGCCCGGGCUCCUUCCCCACGAUCUUCCCCUCCUAGCCUCCUUCUACCUGGGAGGGUCUCUGUGCCUUCUAGGUUCCCAGGUUCCAGGUUUCCCAGAAGAUGUCAGAGGAACUGGAUCUCACCGGACAGGACUCUGAUGGGGGUAGUGAGGAGGUGGUCCUAACUCCUGCAGAGCUCAUUGAAAGGCUGGAGCAGGCUUGGAUGAAUGAAAAGUUUGCCCCUGACCUGCUGGAAAGCAAGCCUGAAAUUGUAGAAUGUGUCAUGGAACAGCUAGAUCACAUGGAAGAAAAUCUCAGGAGAGCAAAGAAGGGGGAUCUGAAGGUCGGUAUCCAUCGAAUGGAGAUGGAGAGGAUCCGCUAUGUCCUUAGCAGCUACUUGCGGUGUCGGCUCAUGAAGAUAGAGAAGUUUUUCCCUCAUGUCCUUGAAAAGGAGAAAACACGCCAUGAAGAGGAGCCUUCUAUCCUUUCUCCAGCAGAGCUCGCUUUCGCCAAAGAGUACAUGGUUAACACAGAGACCUAUCUAAGGAAUGUUGCUUUAAAGCACAUGCCUCCUAAUUUACAGAAAGUGGACCUCUUGAGGUCAGUUCCCAAACCGGAUCUAGAUUCAUAUGUGUUUCUGAGAGUAAAAGAACGACAAGAAAACAUACUCGUAGAACCAGAAACAGAUGAGCAGAGGGACUAUGUGAUUGACUUGGAAGAAGGCUCACAGCACUUGAUCCGAUAUAAAACCAUUGCACCUCUAGUUGCUUCUGGAGCUGUACAGCUAAUUUAAAACCAAAAAAUAAAUAAACAAUGAAGACAUGGAACCUCAGAGAAAAUAUUUAGAAAC